CGCCGCGCUACCCAGUCACAUCCCGAGGUGCGGUCGGGGCGGGUGACGCGAGUGCGGGCCGCAGCCAAUGGGCGUGCCGCUGUCCGUCCGCUCUUCAGCAGCCGGUCGGGGGCGGUGGAAACGCGAGUGAGGAGAGCGCGGCGGCGGCGCAGCCAUCGCGGGACUGCCGGCGGAAAGCGAGGCCCGAGUCUCUGCGUCUAGGGUCAAAAUGGUUUCAAUCCCAGAAUACUAUGAAGGCAAGAAUGUCCUCCUCACGGGAGCUACUGGUUUCCUAGGAAAGGUGCUUCUGGAAAAGUUGCUAAGGUCUUGUCCUAAGGUCAAUUCAGUAUACGUUUUGGUGAGGCAGAAAGCUGGACAGACACCCCAAGAACGAGUGGAGGAAGUCCUUAGUGGCAAGCUCUUUGACAGAUUGAGAGAUGAAAAUCCAGAUUUUAGAGAGAAAAUUAUAGCAAUCAACAGCGAACUCACCCAACCUAAACUGGCUCUAAGUGAAGAAGAUAAAGAAGUCAUCAUAGAUUCUACCAAUAUUAUAUUCCACUGUGCAGCUACAGUAAGGUUUAAUGAAAAUUUAAGAGAUGCUGUGCAGUUAAAUGUGAUUGCUACACGACAGCUUAUUCUUCUUGCACAACAAAUGAAGAACCUGGAAGUGUUUAUGCAUGUGUCAACAGCAUAUGCCUACUGUAAUCGAAAGCAUAUUGAUGAAGUAGUCUAUCCACCUCCUGUAGAUCCCAAGAAGCUGAUUGAUUCUUUAGAAUGGAUGGAUGAUGGUCUAGUAAAUGAUAUCACACCAAAACUGAUAGGAGACAGACCUAACACAUACAUAUACACGAAAGCAUUGGCAGAGUAUGUUGUGCAACAAGAAGGAGCAAAGCUAAAUGUGGCAAUUGUAAGGCCGUCAAUUGUUGGUGCCAGUUGGAAAGAACCUUUUCCAGGAUGGAUUGAUAACUUUAAUGGACCAAGUGGACUCUUUAUUGCGGCAGGGAAAGGAAUUCUUCGAACAAUGCGUGCCUCCAACAAUGCCCUUGCAGAUCUUGUUCCUGUAGAUGUAGUUGUCAACACGAGUCUUGCGGCAGCCUGGUAUUCCGGAGUUAAUAGACCAAGAAACAUCAUGGUGUAUAAUUGUACAACAGGCAGCACUAAUCCUUUCCACUGGGGUGAAGUUGAAUACCAUGUAAUUUCCACUUUCAAGAGGAAUCCUCUCGAACAGGCCUUCAGACGGCCCAAUGUAAAUCUAACCUCCAAUCACCUUUUAUAUCAUUACUGGAUUGCUGUAAGCCAUAAGGCCCCAGCAUUCCUGUAUGAUAUCUACCUCAGGAUGACUGGAAGAAGCCCAAGGAUGAUGAAAACAAUAACUCGUCUUCACAAAGCUAUGGUGUUUCUUGAAUAUUUCACAAGUAAUUCUUGGGUGUGGAAUACUGACAAUGUCAAUAUGUUAAUGAAUCAACUAAACCCCGAAGAUAAAAAGACCUUCAAUAUUGAUGUACGGCAAUUACAUUGGGCAGAAUAUAUAGAAAACUAUUGCAUGGGAACUAAGAAGUAUGUAUUGAAUGAAGAAAUGUCUGGCCUUCCUGCAGCUAGAAAACAUUUGAACAAGUUACGGAACAUUCGUUAUGGUUUCAAUACUAUCCUUGUGAUCCUGAUCUGGCGCAUUUUUAUUGCAAGAUCACAAAUGGCAAGAAACAUCUGGUACUUUGUAGUUAGUCUUUGUUACAAGUUUCUAUCAUACUUUCGAGCAUCCAGCACUAUGAGAUACUGAAGACCAAGAAUUUAGCUUUAGAACAUCUAUGCAUAUGGUGGUCUAAAUGCACAAAAUGUAAAAUGUACAAAAGUCAUCUCUCGUUUUGUCAAGACAUUAAACCAUCUUAGAUUGGGGUGUGGAGUAAAAUAUGGUACAUUUUAUGUAACAUUUUAAUGUUUAUGCUCAUAAAACCUAGUGAACACACUGUGGUAUGCCAGCUCAAAUAUAAUAGCCACCAAAACCAUGACCUAACAUUUUGAUCCCUGGAAAGAAAGGGAUAGGGUGAGGGCAAGAGUAGGAAAAUAGGAACCCUGACCAGUAUAACUGUGCAAUUUGGGGACAUAUUAAUUAAAAUAUGCCUUAACAUAUAAUUUCUUAACCUAUAAUUUCUACUGUUUAGUGCAAUGGAUAGCAUUUAUUUGGACAGGAAUACUAGCUAAGUUGGUAGAUAUUUGAUUCUUCAGUGUUUGAUUUCUUUUUUUCAUCAGUCGAAGUGGGUUUUAGUUUUGUUAAGACUACAGCCAAACUAUUUUCACUUCAUCCUAUAAGUUAUUGAAUGGUAUCAAACAUGAAAACAUGUUCUCUUUUUCUGAUUAAAUGUUCAGUGCAUAUCAUUUUUCUAUAAGUAAGCAGUUGCUUUAUAAUGAGAAAGCUGUAUAUUAUUCUAAAAACCCACUGAAUCUAAAUGGGUUUGAAAAUCCAUAUCAAUGUAUGCUGUGUGUAUUUGAAGGACAGCAAAAAACAAAUUCAUUGAAACUGUGUAUCAAAAAGAAUAGGAGUACUUUUUUCUUGUCCACAUUUCGAUCAAACAAAAAUCAAUCCUGUGAGAUUGUGUUCAUACAUUGAAGCAAGAGGAUUUUUUGAGACUUUUUUGUAGGUGGGAGUAGAGAAGGAUUCACCAUACUUGGGUUCUCCUUCCUUUAUACAUUUUAUCAUAGGACUUUUAAAAGGCUUGUACUACCUUUCAAAUGAGAUCUGAAAGUGCAUUAUUAUGGAACAAUGUAUUUGCAGCUAGUACUAACAUCAAGAAAAUGUCCUUGUGUGUAAGUAAACACAUACUAAUUUUGACCUUGAAAGCUGAAUUCCUUCAAGAAAAUAAUACAAAAUGUGUAUAAAAUUAAAUAAAGGACUUUAUUUACAUACCA